AUGAAUGCGUACGGCUCUCCCUAUAUGUACAUGGCGGGCCCGGUCUCCCAGCCCCGGGCCCCGCUGCAGAGGACCCCGAAAUGUGCUCGCUGCAGGAACCACGGCGUCCUGUCCUGGCUCAAGGGUCACAAGCGUUACUGCCGCUUCAAGGACUGUACCUGCGAGAAAUGCAUCUUAAUCAUUGAGAGGCAGCGGGUGAUGGCCGCUCAGGUGGCACUCCGGAGGCAGCAGGCUAACGAGUGCAUCGGCAGCCUCAUUCCCGACAGUAUCCGCUUGGCAGGCGGCCCUGGACCGGGCCCUGGACCGGGAGCGGGUCCCGCUGAACCCCGGCCCCAUCAGACCAAAAGCGGAGAGACGGCGCUGCGUUGGGAAACGAAGAGCUCCCAGCAAAGCCGGGCCGGUAAGGAGUCAUGCACAGACCCCCAAACAGAACAUUUAGACAGCCAAGCUGGAGAGGAAACUGUGGAAACGUAUAGCGACAAAGAAUCAAGACAAACAAAUUCUCCAGAUCUGGUCAAAGGCAAGAACAGCUACACAACCGAAAGCCCUGACAUGGCAAUGACUGAUGAAGAGCGAUUUCCAAUUGAGAAGAAUGUCAACAGCUUGGAAACCUUACCAGAAAGCUCCAAAUUUAGUUUGGACCAAAAUCAACUUGUGAUGGAUGGACUAUCUGGAACUCUGUCAAUUCCUUUCUCUUUAAAAGGUAACAGACCUCCCAUCGAAGUGCUGAAAAGAAUAUUUCCAAAUCAUAAAGCUACAGUCCUUGAGUUGAUAUUGAAAGGUUGUGGGGGUGACCUUGUUGGCGCCAUUGAAAUUCUUCUGUCAAGUCGCUCAGCAUUAGCUUCAGAUAGACCAGCAGAAGUCCCAGAUGUCCUAUCUGUAUCUUCUAAUGGACAGACAUUUUUUGAACACGCUUUUGGUUCCUACCCUGUUGCCUCCUCUAAGUGGUCUGUUGGGUCAGCCUUCAGGGUCCCAGAUUCAUUGAGAUUCUCCAGUGAUCCUGGCAAUGUCAUGACAAGUCCACUGACCAUGCCAAUACAACACCCAUUUCCUCAACCUCCUCGUUACCCACUGGUCCUGAGGAACAACUUGAGUAGAAACCAGGGAAGUCCAUUUAUAUCAAAUGAUGUUGCUCUGUGGAACACCAUGACACUCCAGCAGCAGUACCAGCUCAGAUCGCAGUAUCUCACCCCUUUUCCAAACACCUCAGCUGGCAUCUUUCGCAGUUCCCCAGUCCUUUCCUCUCAUCCUACAAAUGAUCCCAGGCUUUCACUUGCUGACGAGAGCUGUUCGAUGGUGAACAAACAGCCUAUAUAUACAGAAGAGGACUAUGAUGAAAGAUCUGAUUCUGCAGAUUCUAGAACAUUGAACUCUUCCUCUUAA